GCCCCGGGCCCGAGCGAGCGAGCGAGCGAGCCCGGCCGCCGCCCCGCAGCCGCCAACCGCCGCCAACCGCCAGGCAGGGAGGAGAGAGCGGAGCAGCGGCAUGAGCGAGGCGGGCGAGGCCACCGCCGCCGCGGCCACCGCCGCCGCCAGCCUCCCGCCCGGCCCGGCCCCGGCCCCGGCCCCGGCCGCCGCCCCGGACCCCGCGCCCAAGAGCCCCGCGGCCGGCGGCGCCGCCCCGGCCCUGGCGGCCGGCAACCCCGGCGGGGACGCGGCCCCCGCAGCCCCGGGCCCCGCGGCGCCGGCCGGCGGCGAAGACGCGGAGAAGAAAGUUCUCGCCACCAAAGUCCUUGGCACUGUGAAGUGGUUCAAUGUCAGAAAUGGAUACGGAUUUAUAAAUCGGAAUGACACCAAAGAAGAUGUAUUUGUACAUCAGACAGCCAUCAAGAAGAAUAAUCCACGGAAAUACCUGCGCAGCGUUGGGGAUGGAGAAACGGUGGAGUUUGAUGUGGUUGAAGGAGAAAAGGGUGCUGAAGCAGCCAACGUGACUGGCCCAGACGGAGUUCCUGUGGAAGGGAGUCGCUACGCUGCUGACCGGCGCCGUUACAGACGCGGCUACUACGGCAGACGCCGCGGGCCUCCCCGUAACUACGCUGGGGAGGAGGAGGAGGAAGGGAGCGGCAGCAGUGAAGGAUUUGAGCCCCCGGCCGCUGAGGGUCAAUUCUCGGGGGCGCGGAGCCAGCUGCGCCGCCCCCAGUACCGCCCGCAGUACCGGCAGCGGCGCUUCCCGCCGUACCACGUGGGACAGGCCUUUGACCGGCGCGUGCGGGGCUUUCCCCACCCCAACCGAAUGCAGGCUGGUGAGAUUGGAGAGAUGAAGGAUGGAGUCCCUGAGGGAGCUCAGCUUCCAGGACCAGUUCAUCGAAACCCCACAUACCGCCCGAGGUACCGUAGGGGUCCUCCCCGCCCCCGACCUGCGCCAGCUGUUGGAGAGGCUGAAGAUAAAGAGAACCAACAAGCGGCCAAUGGCCCAAACCAGCCAUCUGCUCGCCACGGAUACCGGCGCCCCUACAACUACCGCCGCCGCCCUCGUCCUCCUAAUGCUCCACAGGAUGGCAAAGAGACCAAGGCAGGUGAAGCACCAGCUGAGAACCCCGCUCUGGCCCCGGAGCAGAGCAGUGCCGAGUGACACCGCGCCCCAGGCACCACCCAUCGGGUGACCUAAAGAAUUAAUGACCAUUCAGAAAUAAAGCACACCUACGACGUUACCAACACCAAAGAAACAGCUAAGCAAUAAAGCCAACGACUAACCAAGAUGUGGACAUUUGAAUGUUUGCUAUUAUUCUUUUGUGAAACUAACAACUCCAAAAGGAAAAUGUCAGCAAUUUUUCCUGCAAGCUGCAGUCCGGGAAUGCCUGCACAGAAUGCAAGAGAGCACCCUCCCCAGUUUCAACAACCACUAGGUUUCUAUUUUUUUUCCUGGUUUUUACUGUUUUGGUACUAUGAAUUGAAAGAAGAAAUAUUAAUACCACAUGGGGAGAACCCCUACCAAAGAAAUCUGAAAUAUAUAGUAAAUGCUUUUUUUUUCUCCUUUUUUGUUCAUUUUGGAUGCUGGUGCUAAACUUCCAAGUGUCAUGAUUUAAAAAAAGAAAUUUUAUGCCCUUAUUUAUUUCUACAGUGAGGGGAGGAUCACAAUUUUUGAUUUCUUAAAUAACUCUCUUUGAAAAUGUGCAGUAAGAAGUUCCUCAAAAAUAAAAUUGUUGCCCUUCAAAGGACAAAGUA